UAGUAUUCUGAGUAAGUAAAGAGGCAAUACAACUGUAAAGAUAAGAGCACAGUCAGUUUAAUCCUCUUAUUGGUUCUGCUAUUUGCUAGGAUUGUGAUCUUGGACAAAUUUCAUAGCUUCUCUGUGUCUCAGAGUCCACAUUAUAAAGUGGUGGUUAUCUGCUGCUUACCUGAUGGGACUUCUGUAAGAAUUACAUGAGCCGAUACAUGAAAUGCAGAAGCAGCAUGUGCAAUGCAGUGAGGGCUAACUACGGGCUAGCAAGCACACAUCCAGAUGUGUAUGCAUAUACACACUCACUCAUUCAAAAAGGAACACAAAACUACCCUGUUCGAAUGAAGUAGAACAAAAAAUAUUCAACAGUUUGCUCAAUGUUGAAUUUAGACAAUAAGUCAUGAAGCAUGUAUAAUCUGUACUUUAAUAAUAUCAAUUAUUUUUCUUACCGUAGGGUUGAUGAGGACUAUAUUGAAGACACACCAAUUUAUGGUAACUUAGACAAUAUAAUCCCAGAACCAAUGGAUGAAAACUGUUAUGAACAGAUGAAAGCUCGGCCAGAGCAAUCCAUAAAUGCGAUGCAAGAUGUCACCGUGUCCACACAGGCGCCUGCUGAAACACAAAUGUUCUAUGCCUCACUCGAUCACAGCUUUAAGGGCAAGCGCAGAAAGCCCAGGAAACAGAACACCCCUCUGUUAGACACAGACGGGGAUGAGUCACAUGCGAUGGACACCAGAGUUUCUGAGGCUGCUUUGGUAAACAGUUUCUUACCUGAAAGCCAGGAAAUAGAGGAGAAUAUUCAUGAUGAUCCUGUCAGGCUGUUUGGGUUGAUCCGUGCUAAGAAAGAACCACUAAAGUAGGUAGAUAAUGAUCUAAUUUAGUGAUUGGGCUCUUCUGAGGGAUGAAUGAUUAGAAAACAAACUGGAAGACCAGACACAGACAGACAGUCUAAUUGCUUUUGUGGAUGGUGGCUUACCUCUUAUUCAGAGAUUUUGUUCGUGUAGAGCCGUGAAGAUUAGCGAUUUCAAUUCAUUAUCAAUAGUGAUUAGUGGUUUAAUUUUAAAAAAAUGUCUGCGUAGUAAGAGUAAAAUGCAAUCCAAUUGGCAAGUUGACCCUGAUAACAAAAUCACAAAAUCACUGACAGUAACUACUAGACAAAAGGGCAAAUAAUGUUCUGGAGAAUAAAGAAAAAUAAAAGCCAACACUUUUUUAAGACUACAUUUCCACUUUCUUAGCAAUGUGAAAUACCUCAUCAUUAAAAAAAAAAAUGUGAUUGGAAGGGGGAUAGAUGAUACCAAACACGUUACUGGUAAAAUGGAAUACUGUUCUUGGGAUAUUUUUCCUAAAUGAUAGCAGUUUCAUUAAGCUAAAAACUGUUAUAAAAUCAAUGAAUAUUCUUACAACAAAAUGUUUGAAGUUUCAAAGGAAAGAAUGAGAUGUACAGAAAGAGGGAAAGGGCGGUGAGAGAGGAGAAAGGGAAGUAGGACAGCAGGGUAGUAGGCAGGGAAAUAGUGAAGGGCAGUGAGAGUGAAGGGUGGGAAGGUGGGAAGAGGAAGGGAGUUGAAGAAGGAGAAUGGAGGGAGUAAGCCAGGGAAGGAGGGGGUGGGGGCAGGAAAUUGUGCUGGAAGGGACAAUCACAAUGAGAAACUUUCUUCAUAUCCUUCUGGAUGUUUCUGGCCUUGCUGAUGUACAUAUAGAUUGUUUUUGUAACCAAAAAGAGAAAGGAGAUGAUUGUUUUAUACACAUCAUAUAAACUUUCGUUAUUUAAAUUUUUUGUGAAUUUAUUUCCACUAUUGCAUCAGAAUACAUUUAAAUAAAUUUGGUGAUCAAU